CGGUGCAGUCGCGCGACCUGCUCCGUGCUGGACCGGGAGGCGGACAGAGUUUGAGGCGGCUGAGCGGUGACCGCGCGUCCGAGUGGGAACUACCUGGAGACCCGCUGCUGACAGCUCCCGGACCUUGUGUUUGUUGCUCGGGUCGUUUUUUUUUCUCUUAAAAACAAACAAACAAAAAAAAACAACAAAACAAAAAAACAUUGCUGCCCUGUCCCGGUGCUCCGUCCACCUCCACCCCAACAUCUCCCCACGCGUGCCACCAGCGGAGGAUGCUGCUGCUGCUGCUGCCGCUGUCCGUAGAGCCCGGGCGGCGGUAACGUUUCUGCGGAGUAACUGAGUGACCCAACUCCUCCCCACCCCUCCUCGCCCGGACGGGUCUGCCCCCACCCCCUCCUCCUCCUCCCCGGCUGGACUCCAGUUCCAGCCGCUCCUCCGGUGAGAGGAAGGACUGUCGGGCUGACGCGCAGCGCUGAUCACGACACUCAGAGUGGACAGAGAUUUGAGAGAAAUUGGAGUAAUAACCACCCCUGGCUGUCUGACUGGAUUGUUUGGUUUAUUUAGAGAUUUGAUUUUCGGGAUUCUUAUAUUUCUUUUUUUUUCCCCGGGAGGUCUGGAGCGGCUCCGUCUUGGUACCGAGGAGGAGCGGAGCCUGUAGCCAGGCUGGAGCGCUCAGAGCCGGGGAACCGCGCAGCUCUUACCCGGUCCAGAGCGGUGUUUUCUGGCAGAGACAUGGCGGCGCCAAGGUGUGAAGCUUUGUUCUUUUUAGCUGCCUUCCUGCUGGUGUCUUGCAGCGCCGCGCCCAGUGACAUCCUCUAUCGGGUUCUUGAGGAGCGACCGCCCAACACGCAUAUUGGCAGCCUGGCGACAGACCAGGGCCUGCCCAAUGCCGGUCAUCUCUACAAGCUGGAGGUGGGUGCGCCGUACCUGAGGGUCGACGGCUCGACCGGUGACAUCUACACCACCGAGAUCCCCAUCGACCGUGAGACACUGAGAGACUGCCGCAACCUGUUCGAGGGCGACAAAUGCUACCUGGAGUUCGAGGUGUCGAUCACUGACAUGGUGAAGGGUAUCGGCAACGGGCCGCGGCUCAUUGAAGGUCGAAUCGAGGUCCUGGACAUAAAUGACAACACGCCGCAGUUCUCCUCGCCUAUCCUGACUCUGUCCAUUCCCGAGAACACGCACAUCGGCGCCCUCUUCUCCAUCCCCAUGGCCACUGACAGAGACUCGGGGAGCAACGGCGUGGCAGAUUACUCUCUGAGCAGUAGCACCGGAUCAGACGCUGACCAGCUCUUCAGCCUGCAGGUCGCCGUGGACGCGGAGGAGAAGCUGCCGCAGCUGGUCGUGAUGGGCAACUUAGAUCGUGAGAUAAAGGACUCGUAUGACCUGAACAUCAGGGUACAGGAUGGCGGGAAUCCUUCGAGGGGCAGCAGCGCUCUACUGAGAGUUACGGUGACCGACCAGAACGACUGCACUCCGAAGUUUGAGAAAAGUCACUACGAAGCUGACCUACCAGAAAACAGUCCACCGGGACACUCUGUACUGCAGGUCAAAGCCAACGACGCAGACACUGGCCUCAAUGGAGAGAUAGACUACAGCCUCCAUCAAGCAUCAGAAUCUGUCCAAAGGCUUCUGCGCAUUGACCGCGCAACAGGCAUCGUCUACGUCAAAGGUCUUGUGGACAGAGAAGAAGAAAACUUUCUCAAGUUCUUUGUGGUGGCAAGAGAUCGUGGACCCAAUUCCAAGAGUUCCAAGGUCCUUGUGACCGUACACGUCAAGGACCAAAAUGACAAUGCACCAGCCAUUGAGAUCCGUGGUAUUGGCUUGGUAACACAUCACGAUGGUGUGGCCAACAUUUCUGAGGACAUGCCUAUUGGUACACCAGUGGCACUGGUCCAGGUGUCAGACCGUGAUGAGGGGGAAAAUGCUGUGGUGACAUGUGUUGUUGCUGGUGAUGUUCCAUUUCAGCUUCGUCCCGCAAGUGAGUCAGCCAACGAUCGGAAGAGAAAAUACUUCCUGCAGACAACAACCCUGCUGGAUUAUGAGCGUAUUAAGGAUUACAGGAUUGAAAUAGUCGCUGUGGAUUCUGGAAACCCAGCUCUGUCCAGCACUAACGCUCUCAAAGUCCAGGUUACAGACAUUAAUGAUAAUGCACCAAACUUUUCCCCUUCAACUGUUGAGGUGGACUUUGCAGAAGGCAACCAGCCAGGAGACAAAGUUCUAGACAUUGUGGCGACAGAUGCAGACAGCGGCACAAACGCAGAGUUGUUCUAUAGCAUCACUGAGCCAACAGCCAGAAGGCUCUUUAAAAUUAAUUCCAGCACUGGAGAAGUUCGUGUGAAUCACUCAUUGGAUCGGGAAGAAAAAGAGCGUUAUGAAUUCCGUGUAACUGCAGCAGACAAGGGUGUGCCUAGUAAAACCGGCACUGCCACGGUGGUGGUAAAUGUUCUAGAUUGCAAUGACAAUGACCCAAAGUUUACACUGAAUGGCUAUAGCUUCUCUGUCAUAGAGAACAUGCCUCCACUCAAUCCUGUUGGUGUAGUGACAGUCAAUGAUGCAGAUAAGGAUGAGAAUUCCCAAGUCAGGCUGUUUGUGGAACAGGACAAUGGCAUGUUUGUCAUCCAGAAUGGCACAGGAACCAUCCUGUCAAGCAUCUCCUUCGACCGUGAAAAGAAGAGCACCUACACGUUUCAACUAAAGGCUGUGGAUGGUGGUAACCCACCUCGAUCCUCCUAUGUGGGUGUGACCAUCAAUGUGUUGGAUGAAAAUGAUAAUGCCCCAUAUGUUACCAGGCCGUCUAACUCGUCCUUUGUACACCUACCGGUUGGGACCCGACCAAACACACACGUGGAGGUGGUAAAAGCUGAGGACAUUGAUGCUGGACUCAAUGCUGAGCUAGAGUAUACCAUCAUAGGUGGAAAUCCAUAUGAUCUGUUCCAAAUAUCUACCAAUGAUGGGGAAAUCACAGCAGCACAAGAAUUAACCCCCAAGUACAAUGGGCUACAUCGGCUGGUAGUGAAGGUUGUUGAUAAGGGCAAACCUCCUCGUAACACCAUUGCACUAGUUCAUGUUUUUGUAAAUGAAACAAAAUCAAAUGUCUCCCUCAUUGAAGCGCUGGUUGGACACAGCCUCUACACCCCUUUGGACAGGGACAUUGCCGGAGAUCCCAACUAUGCCUAUUCUCAGCAAAGCAAUAUUCUGUACGGCAGUCUUGCCGGUUUUGCUGUUGUCAUUUUAGUUAUAGUUGCCGUGGUCCUCAUCAGACGCUGGGUACAGAAGGAUACCAAGAGUGGUUACCAGGCCGGCAAAAAGGAGAGUAAGGACCUGUAUGCCCCAAAGCAGGGCCCUAAAAAUGGCAAAGGGAAAAAGAGCAAAAAGGGGAAGGCUCCAAAACCAGCUAAGACAGGAGAAGACGAUGAGGACGCCAGUCUACAAAAAGGCCUCAAAUUCAACUUAAUCAAUGAGAAUGUCAAUGACAGUCCCAGAAUCCACCUGCCCCUUAACUAUCCACCAGGGAGCCCUGAUCUGGGGCGCCACUACCGCUCCAACUCCCCGUUACCAUCCAUCCAGCUGCAGCCACAGUCACCGUCUGCCUCCAAGAAGCACCAGGCUGUUCAGGACCUCCCUGCCACCAAUACCUUCGUGGGGACGGGCGACAACAACUCUACUGGCUCCGACCAAUAUUCGGAUUACAGCUACAAGGCCAACCCACCCAAAUACAGCAACAAACAGCUGCCCCACCGUCGAGUGACCUUCUCUACGGCCAAUCAGGCCCAGGAUCUGCAGGACGCAUCCCAGCACAGCUAUUACGACAGUGGCUUGGAGGAGUCGGAGACCCCCAGCUCCAAGUCAUCGUCGGGGCCGCGGAUCGGGCCUCUGGCUCUGCCGGAGGACCACUACGAGCGGACCACACCUGACGGCAGCAUUGGCGAGAUGGAGCACCCGGAGAACGAUCUCAGGCCUCUUCCCGACGUGGCAAUGACCGGUAAAUGCACCCGGGAGUGCACAGAGUUUGGCCACUCUGACUCCUGCUGGAUGCCCGGCCAGCCUUCUCCCAACCGCAAGGUAUCCAAGAAUGCCCCCAAGCUCUCCACCUUCGUGCCUUACCAAGAGAUGGACGGGCAGGAGCAGCUGAUGGCCAACGGCAGCCCCAAGCCCCUGCCGAUGGAGGAGCGUGGACCAGGUGGUGGCGGCGGUGGCAGCAGCUCCAAAGUGGCCAACAUGCGUUUCAUGACACCCUACAGCAGUGCCUACCCCAGUGGCGGAGAUUCAUCCAGUAAAGACUGUGGGAUGGAGGAGAUCCCGCUGAGCCAGGCGGUGGAGUACCACUCAGCUACCACUCCAACCGGCCAAACCUCCAAGAGGGAGAUCUACCUGUGAGGGCACAGCUCUCCACCUUAAAACCCACACUCAUCGCCCAGCGCUCCCCACCGUGCCCUGUCGCUGCUCGCCACCACCUGUUGCGCCCCCUCACAGCUGCCCCCUGUGCCUAUAACUUGCUGUGCCACAGCACCUACUCCCCCUUUUACCUUUUUUAUAAAUGCAUCUACCUACAAGGCUUUAGCCCCCUCCACCUCUGCCCACACACACCCCCACCCCCUGCAAAAACCAAUCACAUGUAAAAUAGAAGAAAUUCAAAUCAAUUAAUGAAAAUGCGGCUUGAGCUGCUUUGGAAGGAAUGUAAACUACACCACAUUGUUGUGAUAAUUUAAAUGGGAAACUAUUUAGCUACUCACGUUUUUCAGCUGGAUUUUUUGUGUUGCUUUAACUUUGUUGCUGUGUGGGACCAGAAAACGGAAAAAAAAAAACCCAAACCUUCCGGGGGGGUGAAGGGAAAUAACUUCUUGUAAAUCCUACUUAAGUAUACUGUGUAUUGCUAUCUAUCCUCAUUUUCUUUUUUUGGAUUUACUUUUCUUUUUAGUUUUUCUCUGUCACCUUCGAAGACACAGGGAAAUACUAUGUUUUUAAGCCAAGUUGCAUCAAAUCAACUGGCUUGUUUUUGUCAGGAGCAGCUCAUCGUUAACGUGAGACGUUUGUAGAAAGACAGCUGUUUUCCAAUCUCGAGAUAUUUAGGGUUUUUUUUUCUUUAUUUUGCUGCAGAGAAGUCUUUUUUUUCAUUGUACAGGCUGUAAAUAUUACAAACAGUGACAGUGGAAACUGCUGUGGCAGAGCGGAUCCGUGGCUGUUAAUCUUUCUGCAGCUCUUCAUGUAACACUGGACUGAAAAUGGUUGCAUGUAGAGAGAAAUGAUGCCGUGGCAUUCGCCGUCACACUGCAGGAACCUGGACUCUUGAGCAUCACCAACGGUGCCGAGUUACAAACACAAGACUUUUUAAUCAUUUUUCCUCUGCUGUCCAACACUGGAACACGGUGGAAUUUACGUUAACGAGGAAGCAGAAACAUUAGAGGUGCACCGAUACAACUACAUACAGAACUGAAGGAAACCUAAGUGCUUCUUUCAGAGUCUCAGAAUCUAAGAAGCGAUUAUAUUAUUCAUGCUAUUGUCAGUAGUAUACCAUAAUAUGAUAAACUUAAACAUGAAUGUUACAGAAGGGUAUCCAAAAAUAGUCAAAUGAUGGUUUUCUUGCAUCAAACUGAUCAUUUUUCUUUCUGGCAUCGAAUUAUCUUCCACCUGUGUUAUGAUACAUUCACAUGUGAGAGACCUAAAAGUUUAAAGUGCUCAGCUUAAGGCAGCAUUGUUCAUCGUAAAGAAGAAAUGAUUACUCUGUCAAAAAAUCCGUUUAUUGUGCAGUUUCUGAUAACGGAUUGAUUACGAGCAUUUGCAUUAAUGAAGCCGAAAAGGUUAAAAAAAAAUUUAAAAAGCUUUUCAAAUUAGUUAGAGUUUCGGCUUCUCCAGUCUGAAGACUUCCUGCUUUUCUGUAUAUCAUUCUGAACUUAAGUGAGUAGCUUUUAGUUUGUCCAGUGGCUCCUGAUCUCACAGAUCUUUUGAGAUUAAAAUUUAUAAUCCAGUUGAUCCAAAUAAACAACUCAAUAAAGUGUUAAUGAAGAAUCGUCAUAGCUGUAGCUCUACAGCCUGGAAGCUUUUAUUUCAGACUCAAUAAAAAGUUUGUCUUGUGACAUCACAGGAAAGGUUUAGAAGGAAUUCAAAUACCAGGGUUCACACUCCAGGGAGCAGAACAUGAUCCAUGCAUUGCAACCUGUUGGAUCUCAACAUUUCUGAUGUUUGCAUCAUCCCCAAAGAACAUGAAUGUUCAGGCAUUAUUUAAUAAAAAUCUUCUUGUAGUUGUGAAUCAAACCAUAAUCAUCCUUGAGAUUCAUCCUCUGAAGACCAUGAAUAUCCACAGGGAGUGUAAUAUUGCUCUGUUUGCUACCACUUUAGGGUCAUAGUCACUGCCUACAAUAAGUACUACAUGAGUAUCUGUAUUCAUGCAGUCAGUGUCUACUAUUAUCACCAUGCCUGCUUGCAACUACAUGACACCAAGGUCGCUGCUGACCAUUGUCCAAGGCACAGUUGUGACUAGACUACAUUCAAUUCGAUGUUCAUAAAAAAGGAUCACCCAGCCUCAUGACUCACGGAGCUUAAAGUGUUGUAAGGUGGGGUGGGUGUGGCUUAGAAGGUCGACCAGGUCAUCUACUAAUUAGAAGGUCGAUGGUUCAAUGCCUAGCUGCUCCAGUCUGCAUGUAAAAGAACUGGUAUAAUUCUGAACCCUGACGUUUGAAUAGAUAGGAAGCACUUAGGCGUGCAGUAAUGGGUGAAUGAGGCUUGUAGUAUAAAGUGCUUUGAGUGCUCAAGGAGAGUAGAAAAGCGCUUAAUAAGUAUGAGGCCAUUUACCAUUUUAAAGCAUGCCCACAGGAAGCAUUACUGAUUUUAUUUGCUUCUUCAGAGGUGAUCGUCAUCAGCAGCACAUCCAUGUCGCACUUCUUACCACUGCUAGCUUGGAAGGCUACAGCGUCAGGAGCUCACUUUUAGAAAGUAAAUGAAUAUAAUCUAAGAUUAAUGAUUUCCAAAAUCUUCACUGAAUCUUUCAAAGCUUCGCAGAGAGCGGAGAUGUUGUUUGCGAUGCCUGUUUUGUUUUUGGAGGCAGUCCCACAAGCACAAAGCAGCUGUAGGCUUCCUGAUGCUGACAGUCCACAGAGUGUUAUGGCUCCUUUAUCCUUUACAGCUGUGGUGGGCUUCAGUGUGUUUGUGGUGACUGUGGUGAAUGUUUCCCUGCUGUUUUUCGAGCUUGAAGGAAGAGCUCUCCAGUCUUUGUCGCCGCUCGUUAUUUCCCACCUCUUUACCUUCUCAGUGUGAGGCCGAGCCGUGCAGCGUUUAGCAGAAGUAUUUAUUAAACCUGUUAGCUGUGUGCAGCGGGGGAGGUGGCUGCCAUUUCCUGCAGUGCUGAAGUCGCACAGGAAUGCAGGAUUAAUGACACCUGUACAGGCUCGAGUCCGCUAACACCCCCUCUGCACAGCACAGCACAGAAACUCUAAUUACAACCCGAGGCUCGGCAUAUUACCGGCAAUAAUUUGCACCAGUAAAAGUGAGCUGGUUUGGAAGUUCAUUCAUUCCGAGGCUCAUGUUAAUGGCUGCUGAGGAUAAUGUGAGAUUUCACCUGUAGUGAUGCACGCCAGCUGGGAGUGGAUGGAUGAAAGGAAAGGCAAAGUGAGAGAGUGUGCUGCAAAAAAUCUCCCGAACAAGUCAUUUAGUCUCACACUGAGCUGGAAAGUCAUAAAAUAAAGCAAAAACUGUGGUGAGAUUAUUUUCACCCGCGUCCAUCCCAAUCUGGGAUUUACCUGACAGCUUCUCAGGCAACUGAUUAAAACAUUUACAUUUACUCUGAUGUAUAUUUUCAGGAAGGCUUGUGUAACUCUAACCUAGAAUCAAGGUCAGAUGUUGCGUUUUAUUGAAGAGCCAUUUCAGAACAUGCACAUAUUCACCCAUAGGAGAACUACUUCCAGCAAAGUACAACUGAUGGCUGAAAUUAAGCAACAUAUUUUCAGAAUUUACAAGAAAGUCAUUCAAUUUUGUUCACUUUUCUCAAGGCCCUCUCUUUUAUUUUUAUUCUCUUUUAUUCAUGUCCCCAUAUAAAACUACUACCCAUAAAUGCAGACAGUAAGAUAGGCAUUAACCAGUCCAUGUGUGAUUGUCAGUUGCAUCAGAAGAAUCCACAGUCUGUGAGACUCUCGGCUAAUAGAAGCAUGGCCGCCUCUGUUUGUGUCACCUGGUGCGAAUUUGGAUCAAUUCACAUUUUUGCACAGAGAGAUAAUCACAUAACACAAAAACUCUGUUUUGCAUUUAGUCUGAACACAGCGUAACAUGCACCUUUUUCUUUUUGCAUAAGCAUAUUUGGGCCUGAAGAAGAAAUGGUAAUGCACAUCUACUAGGUGUUCAUAAUUAGAGAUUUAAAAUUAUAAAUCCCUUUGCCUUAACGGCUUCAUCAAAUUAAGACUGUACGGAGAAUAUAACUCUUCAUGUCUUCUAAUAAUUGUUGAAAGGCGCUACAAAAUCUGGUAAUGUUGCAAAGACUGGUUAAAAUGAAAAGUGCAUGUGCAGACUCUGCAUCCAAAAAACUGAUUUUGAUCUGUAAUCUGAAUACCAGCAAAUUUGCCUGACCCACUCGAUUCUGGAAGGAGACAGAUGUCCCUUUGGGCUUCCGUCAGGAAGGGCAUUCAGCAUUAAAAAAUCUAACAAAUGAAACAUGCGGAGCUACUCACUGUGACGAGCCAUUGGGAAAAAGAGAACAGCUGACAGUAGCUUUAUCUGCAGAUUUGUCAGUCCAUCAAUUAAAAAACAAAAUGUUCAUUUUAAUUAAAAAAACCUCUUCAGUUAAUCCUACACAUAUAUAGGACUUAUACAUGACAGAUAUUAAAUUCUGCGAGAAAGUGAAUCUGCCUCAUGUUGUCAUUUCCAGAACUGCUCCCUUCCAGAAAAAGGCAACAGAUUUGUGACUGUCUCACUCACACGAGCACAAAAGUCUUGAUGAGCCUAAAUGACUAGUCAUUAAUGUUUUACAGCAUGUGACAUGAACAUCCUUUUUUCACAGUCAAAGAGGGAACAUCAAAGCGAUGCCAACAAGCUGAGAUGCCAGCGAAGAAAACACGGCAAAUUGGGGCUAUCGGAAGGGUCACGCAGAGGUCGUGUUAUUGUUCUAUUAGGCAAACAGUCGCCUUCACCAAGAGUUUCACAGUGAUUCAUGGCGCUGCCUUUUUGCGGGUGUUUUUGAUGCAUAAUUGCUUCUUAUUUUAGCAUUUAGCAUUUGGUGCAUUGAAGCUCUCCGUGUGGGCUGUGUAUGGUUCAAAGCGAGGUUUCUCCGUUGCCUCGACGAUAUUUGAUUUUUGAUUGAUGCAUCUCCCUCUUAAGAACCUGCACACACGGUCAUUGUGUUCUGCAUAUAAGUCAGCCAUCAUUCAACCACCAUUCAGUCCUCACUGUGACACAGAUUUAGAGUUCAUAGGCCCCAGCGCAGCUCCUCGCCUUCCUCGUUCUUCCUCGGGUGAUUUAAAGCUCAGAGCUCGGAUUGAUUAUUUACAGGCCAACCUUAGAGGCCCAUGUUGACUUUCCUCCUUCCUUUUCCCCUUCCCACGCUUCAAAUUCAGCGUGAGUGAGUAAUUAUAUUCUUUUCUGUGAUGCUUACCCACAGCCUGGAUGGGCGAUAAACUCCCAAGUGCCCGACGUCUUAUGCUGUGCAAGGCAAAGAUAGGGGAGAGGGGGAGAGGUCAUAUAGCAUCGGUAUAACCUCAGCUCUUUCGCAGCAAUUAACCCCAGACAAAGAAAAAUGAACCCUGGUAAUACCUGAUGACCUUUGGUGAACUCUGCUGUCGCUGUUUGCUCUUUAGGCCUCCCGUAGUUUUGCUUGUGCAUUAAAGCAAACACAGGUACUGCUGGCAUGUUUGCACAGUCACAUCAGGCUUACGAUGCUUAUUACAGGCAUGAAGAAAUGUGUCAGGGCUUGAGCGUUCCUAUAUUAGAGGUCCAAAAGUACGUGGACACGUAAAUGUUCGCGUCUUAUUGUUAAACAUGUGGUUACAAUAACAACCUCUGGAGCUGAAAAAUGAAGCAAAGUGUGAACUGUCAGAACUCCCAUGUUUACUGCAGCCUUGUGGACAACGUCCUCCAAUUCUAGGGUGAAUUAUUAUUACUAUUAUUAUCAUCAUUAUUUUAAGAUUAUUAUCCUUUUAAAUUCAUAUGGGUGUGUGGCCAUUUGAUUGACCAAAUUAGCCAUUCAGUACCGGCUUGUCCUCACCUUUGUUAAUCUGAGUCACUAAACUGGACUUCUCAAGUGUAGUUGUGCUGUCGGUGUACUUUGAGCAUUUCUAAUGGGCUUACUGGACAAAUGAAAUAGCUUACAUUGCGAUACAGCCCAUACAAGAAGUCUUUGCUUCCACUGUGAUGUAUGAAUUUCAGUAUUUCAUUUGUAUCUUAGCAGAUGAGUGGGUCUGUGUGUUGAGGUGGAGUGCUAAGUAAUCAGCUUACUACGAUGCUUCAAAAUGUGGAGCCCACAGCCAAUGGGAGAGGUCAUGGUGGCUACAUCCAUCCAUAUACAGUCGAUUACAUCAUCACGGGUACCAGCAGAUUUUGGAACCCAGUAACAGAAAUUUGCAGUUGUUUGGUAACAAAGCCUGUCAUGUGGUCCAGCUUAUCCCAAAGGUGUGAGCUGUGGUUGCGGUCAGGCUCAGGUUACAGCAGAGUGGGAAAACCAUUUUGAGAAAACUUUUCUUCUUCUGUUCUUUUUUCAAGUAAAGCACAGAGUCAAACUAUGAAGUUCAAAAAAUCUGAAAAAAAUGUUGAUUAGUUCAGAUAGAACCAGCCAUAUCAUAUACGGAACAACAGUCAUUUCAGACUUUUUUGCUAUGUUAGGUAAAAACCCCACAUCAAAAGGAGAACCAGCAAGAACUUGGCAACAGUCAGUGUUGGGUGUAACACAUUACUGUAAUCACAUCACAUCUUUCAGUAAUGCAGAAAUGUAAUGUGGGUGUAUGCAGACUCCAGCCCAGCAGCCAGAGACUGAACGUCAGCAGUCUCUGCAGUGAUGAGCAGUCAGGGUUACACCUCAGUUUCUACCUGUUCAUGUUUCUAAACUAGAAUCAUUGUGGCGAUGGCUUUGAAGUCUCUUUUCAUCUGGUUUCCAUCUUUGCUUUGUGCUGUGUUCAUAUGUAAAUACUGAAGGAUCAUAUAUCCUCAUCAGGAAUAAGGAUUUAUGUCGGUGUGUGGGACUGUAGCGUGAGGUUUAUAUUAACUGGUGAUUAUGAGACAAUGUGUUUCAGAUAAUCCUGCAUAGUAACAAGAAAUUAAUAAAUGAGUAGUGUAACAAAUUACUUUCUCUGGUGAGCAUACUGCAUUACUUUUAAGAAACAUGACAACUAAUGUGUAAUGCAUUACUCUUUUAAGUAAAACAGGGUUCCGGUGAGGAAGGAGAAAUUCUUUUUACCAUAAAGACCCCUGAGCCAACAGAGCCGGGCUCAGGGAAAGGCAGCCAUCUGCUGUGAUUGGUUUGGUUGUUAAAGGUCUCUGUACUCCUCUUCAGUGUCUUCACAAACAAGACAGUCCUCCAGCAGACUGGGCCUAUAGCAGCAUAACUAAGGGAGGGUUCAGGGUCACCUAAUCCAGCUUUAUUAAAAAGGGAUGAUAAUCUGAGGCUAAUAUUAAAAGUAGACACAGAUUUUUUUGUAUUUUUUUUGGAGGGGGGGCAAUCUGAAACAUUUGCAUGACCAUAAGUGUUUGGUCUCUCAAACAAGCACUUCCUGCUCCCUGGUGGAACACGUGAACCCCAAAAUCCACCACCACCCAUCAGCCCCUAGCAGAACUGCUGUCACACACACAGGUGUCUCUGCAUGCAGUGCACUCACAUCCUACUGCCUUUAAAUAGAGGGAGCUUUCCAGUUACAGAAAAAGAGUAUAUCUGUGUUUAUUUCUGAUACUGCCAAAGUAUAGAAUAUUAGAUAUUCCAGAAUAAAUAUAGAUGAUAAAAAUAUUCAGCUGGGCCUGAGAGAAAGAAAUAAAACAGCAAUUUAAUGGAUAAUCUUUUUAUGGCGCUUGAGUCAGCUGCAGUUCGUCCUUUCAGUCAGCAAACACAGACAUGAGGAGCUUUACCUUAUAAAAAAUCUGAUGCGUUAUCAAAUAUAAGCAUCUCUAAGGGAAAAGAUAUUGAUCAGAAACUGUAUUUGACAUUCAUAGCUGAGUGCAACUUAAUGCAUAUGUAUCUACAGUUUUCUUUCCUUUUUCCGCCUUCAUACUUCUGUGCAGCUUUUACUAAUAAAACGCAGCGAGUUUACCUCUCAAAAUCAUUCGUGGAAACUGUUUUAGAAUUAAAACGCAGACCUUAAAUUAAAAAUAUGCUUUUUGCCAUUUCAAAAUGUUUUGGCACCAAAACAAAAAAACAUUGGUUUACCCUUGAUGUAUUAUUAACAGCUAAAGUGCCCUACCAUAGUUUGCUUCUGAAACACUUUAUAGACUGAUUUAUGACUCCAACACAUAAACAUCUCCCAGGAACAGUUUAUUUUUAAAAUACACAUUGGUUUACUACUGACAGGCAUUAUUUAUGUAUGAAAUCCACAGCUGUACUUAACAGAGGAGAAAAGUUUGGUUUCCUAAAACGCAGACUGUGUCUCAAGUCGUCAGACUCUCAGCUGAACUUAUUUAUAGUCAUUGUUUAAUAAUGACACGAGUCAUUGUGACAUACCUUUGACAUACACGUGUUACAAACUCUCGAGCCUUACUCAUGGUUUUUUUUGGCGCUCUCACCUGAAGCUUAAAUUCACUUUAAAGAAAAAAGAAGCAAUCUAAUCUUCCAAGGCUAAGAUAAAGAAGGAUUAUGUUGAACUCUAAAUCAUGAAAAGUCACUCAAAUUUCAACACAAAGAUCAAUGGACAAGCAACAACCAGCUCUUAACUGGAUGCUGUUGCUUUGUACAACAGUCCAGUGUUGAUUGAUUGAUUGAUUGAUUGAUUGAUUGAUUGAUCAUACUUUAUUCAUCCAGAGGGAAAUUGGGUUAAGGCUGACAGCCGUGUUCAUUAGAUCAGCUUUAGGAGAGUACAGUUUGAGACGCAGUCUGUAGUUCCUACUUUUAAAACAUUUUCAUGAACAGCCCUGAUCCAGCUGUGAAACUCUGGUGGUCCCUUUAUGGAUCACGUCUAUAUCUGUGAGUUCAGCUGAACGGUGGAUUCUACAGUUUGAACAAAAGGUGAAUGUUUUUGGUUUGCGAGUCACUCAGUUUUGCAAAAGGUUCGCUUUGUUCUAAUACACAACGGGAUUGAUUUAAUUCAGCAUUUUUCCCUCCUCGGGCUGACUCUGUCAGCGGUGUCGUGAGUCUGUCGGUAACAUAACGACUCAGUGAAUUCAUCUUUCCUCUCUCUUUCUUCUGUCCACUUAUAUUUAGACCGGAACCACUUUGUGGCUCUCGUGUAAUCGGUGUUUUUAUAUCUGGGGCGUUUGCAUUGAUAAUUGUGUUUAAGUCACAGAAAUAAACGGCAGCUUCCAUCACAUUUAACUCAAAGGGAAACAAGAGACCUCUGUUUAUUAUUGAAAUUCUUCAUAACUGCCACAUCUCUGCUUUGCCUGAUCUAUUUAAGGGUCAGUUUUAGGCUCAAUGUUGACUUUUGUAAACAACUUUAAAGAGGCUGAACUAAGUGUACUUGAACCGUCAUGACUUUUACCCACUUUGAGCACCAAAAGCCUUGGUCCUACAUUGAACAUUACUGCAUCAGACUCUAAACUCAUGUUUGAGGUUUAGCUAUUAUUUUUGAUGAAAAGACCAUUUGGCCACCAUUUGAACGCCAUUGUCACCACGCUAAUUUGAUUUGCGUGACGGUAACCGGUGGAUUCUUUUACUUGCACUUCUGGAGUGCAGAAGUCUACAGAAUAAAGGCGGGCGAUCACAUGAGAGCUGCAGACGAGUUCCACAUGAAAUCACGUGAUAGACUUUGGAGUGGCUUGCUGUUUUUUGGUUGUGUAUUAUACUGAGGCUGGAGUCUCCGCAGUCGAAGCUUCAGCUGAGCAUGAAACAAACCAACUUUAUAAAUAUUAUACAUUUUUGUUGUUGUCACAGUUGUUUUAUCAAUGUUAUGGAAUCAACACUGCUAUAGACAUACUGUAUGAAUAUAAAUGGUUGUUGCUGUUUUCUUACCAGACGCGGCGUGUAAAUGAUGAUGAUGAUAUCUGUUUUCUGAGCAGGCAGACUGGACUCUGUGUUUUCUAUUUCUUUACUCCAUCGUGACUGAAAACCAGACCCGGCAAGCUGAAUGGAGAAUGUGAAAGUUCAGAGUUAUUUUGCGAUUACACAAUCAAUAAAAUUCAAUGUUGAUUUCCCAAAACAUAAAACAGUUGAUCUCGACAAUAAGACGAGAGCCACGUCUUGGUUUGGGUGAAAUGGAUCUUUGUCGACGGUGCCUGCAGACACCUUUACCAUUACGCAAUCUCUUUGGGUGACGCAACAACAAAAGGGGAAGAAUACAAAAUUACAGAAUCAUGUUCCUACUUAUCUCACGUAACUACGUCGAUUUUUCUGGUAAUGAUGAGCAAAGGAUGCGAAAUCUGGAGAGAAACUUGUCGUUUCGGUCUAAUAGUAAACAGAAUUUCUUGGAGCUCCUAAAGUGCUAAUCUGUGCUUUUUAUGUGUGUUAUUUUGUGUGCUGAAAUUAAAAGGACUUUAAGGGCUCCAUUAAAAUUCUUUGAAGAAAGAAAUUAAUCAGUUUAUAAUCACUUCUUUUGAAGUCUUUAUUUAUCUCCCAGAGAUAUCUGAUGGUUACAAAAAGAAGAAAAAGAGAAGAAAUCGGGACCGCAAAUCAGCCAGUGAAAAAAUAACUACAACAAGGUUAUCAUCAUCACACAAAGUGAUGUUAGUCGAGAUGACUAUUGUAUAAGGUUGUUUUUUUUGUUUCUCUUUUUUUUGAGAAAGGCAAAGUUAUUUAUUCGAGAUGUGGUUGUGAUAAUUGUUUAGGGUCCUGAAAUUAUUUUGUUGUAACCUUGGAGGUAAAAAUCCCAGAAAAAAAAAUUCUAAACGGUGGCAUUGGGCUUCCUUGUGUGAAGGAUGGAGUAAAGAUUCAUAUUGUUUUAGAAGAGAAGAAAACAGCAGGACAGAACCGCCGAAUCACUUUUCGUCUUUACAGGAAGUCCACGUUUGUAGCCUAAUUGUUGGUUGGUUAUAUUUAUAUAGGAAAAAUGCUAGUGAUGCCUUGUUUUUUGUACAGUUUUAUGUACAUGCAAGUGUAGGUUUUUAAAAAAAAUGUCAAUAAAAAAUAUAUAUAUAUUCAAACAACAUGAAGGAAGUCUGACCUUGAACCUGUAGGAUUAUAUCGUCUCAAGUACCGUAGGCUCUAUUAAAUGUAGGAGUGAUGCGUCAGGCUCAGAGCGGAGGUUGGCAGUGCGCCUCCUCCAGUCACCCGUCUGCUUUACCGCUUUCUGUUCUCUCAUGUUCGUCUCAGCCGAGUCUUAAGACAAACUGUACAUGAAUUUUUGUUGUUUUCAGUCUUUUAAUUUUCUUGGAGGAAGUUGGGUAAUGUGUUUGUUUGAGCCUCAUCUGUUCUCUUUUGAUCAACAUUCGCAUGUUUGAAUUUGAAAAAAAAAAUGUGGUCUUUUAUUUUUGCUGAGCAAAUCAAAGAAAUGAUAUCUUGUAAUUACUCCUUCCUUAUAGCUUUACAAUAAAAUA